AUGCAGAGCAUCAAUCGCGAGACUAUCCUUGAAGACUUGCCCGAGGCGGUCCUCAUCAAAGAGAUACUCGUUAGGUUGCCGGCCGAAGAUAUCCUCCACUGUCGUGCUGUCCGCAAGUCAUGGCGUCAUGCUACCUCCACCAACGACUUCCUCCUCGCACACCACAAACACCAACCGUCUCUUCCGGUCAUCGACUUCAUAAAGCGUGAAGGUGAAGUGUGUGAACGCCACCUUUUUGUAUUUUGCGACUCUAGUACAGGUGCCGAUAGUCGCAAGCUCAACCAGCGGACCAUUCUCUGGGAUCCCGACCGAUGCCACUAUAUUAACAAACCUGCGAUCUAUGGUGCCUAUGAUGGCCUCCUUGUGAUCCAUGGUGCAUGUGAUGGACUCCUUAUAGUAUCGUUCAAUGGUGAAAAUGGAUUGUUUGACGUCUGCAAUCCAAGUACCCGCCAACGUGCUCCCCUACCGCUGCUUUGUGAUGAUGAAUAUAGCCUAGCACUACGAGUUCUCAUUGCUGGCUUCUACCAACAUAGUGCAUCUGGAGAAUACCGGGUGCUCUACUCUAUUUGGAGAAGGGAUGCUGAUAUUCUCGCUUCCACGGUUGAUUUCCACAUCCUUGCAGUUGGAUCCAGUGAGCCGAGGUCAAUUGGACAACCGCCAUUGCAACACGAUUUUCUGGAUGGACUCACAUGUUCUAAAAAUGCACCGGUCCUCAACCACGACAAUUUGCAUUGGCUUUUGGAAUGGUACUAUACUGGCUUUGAAUUCAGCAACAUAUUUAUGUUUGACACCGUGGUUGAGACAUUCCGGUGGAUGCGCAGUCCUCCCCGUCAGUACCCUUGGAUGUCAUUACUGGACCUGGAUGGUGUUCUUGCUAUGUGCAGCCGUCACGAUGGCGACAUCAUAGAUAUUUAUGUUAUGCAUGACUACGAAGCCGAGGUCUGGACCCUUAGGCACCGUAUUAAACUAUCGACAGUGGGGGCACCACCACAGAGCUAUUUACCGGCUAGAAUAAUACGCAAGAUUGUUGCACUCAAUGAGCGUGAGUUGUUAAUCGAGCAUCCAAGUGGUGUUUCACAUUGUGACAUCAAUGACAAGCUUCUUGGAAAGAUGGAGUGGAAUGUACACGAAGGCAACCACGUGCGCAUUACUUCGUUCCGCUUUCAGGAGAACAUUGUCCCACUCCCUUUCUUUGGGAUGCAAGAAGAUCGUGGUCACAACUGGAUGCUAGAAGAAGAAGAAUAUGAGAUGCUAUGUUCCAUAUGA